AUGGAUCGGUAUGGAAAACAGGAGGCAAAACAAUUGAUGCGGGCAAACGAAAUGUUGCGAGCAAAAGAUGAGAAAGGGCGUAGCGUCCUACACAUUGCUGCUGCCGGGGGUGAUACCACUCUCUGCAGGUUUUUCCUCAAGACGGUCAAAUUUGAUGUUAAUGUCACAGAUAUUAAGGGUCACACUCCUUUGCAUUAUGCAAUUGCAGAAGGUCAAAAUUUUAUGGCUUCUUCUUUUCUGCUCAAUCAAGGAGCAAAUCCUAAUUUGGCAAGCGAUGCUGGAAUGACUCCAUUGUACUUUGCUGCCGUAAAAGGACAAAAAGACCAGAUGAAAUUGUUGGUAUCAAAAGGUGCUAAAGUUGAUGCACCAUCGCUUAUAAAAGGCACACCAUUGCGAUUUGCUGCGGAAUAUGGUGUGAAAGAGGGUGUUAAGUUUUUGCUUGACAAUAAGGCUAAUCCAAAUUCGACUAUUCAUCCGGUACACCCUCCAUUGGUAAUGGCCAUCGCAAGAAAAUCUGUUGAUUGCGUAAGGCUACUCCUCAAGGGUGGAGCUGACCCGAAUCUAAGUUUGCAAGGAGAAAGCCCUUUGACUAUGGCUGUUCUAGUAGAUGAUGCUGAGAUUAUCAAAUGCUUGCUCAAGGCUGGAGCUAAUGCUAAUGCUAUCGAUUUCUAUGAUUUCACACCAAUAGAACUCGCGGCUAAGGCAGGUAAAGUUGCGCUUAUAAACAUCCUCUUCAAGGCUACUGCUCGAAUUCCUCAUAUUCCGAACUGGAGCUGUCAAGGAAUACUCGAGUAUACCAACUCUAAGGAAGCUAUAGAGAAGCGUUUAUCCAAAGUUGAAUCCAAGUUUGUUGGAGCUAGAGAUAAAGGAACACAAGCCUUCAAAGCAAGUGAUUAUCUGUCUGCAAUUUACUGGUUCACAGAGGCUAUCACGACGUUUCCAUUGGAACCAAGCGUGUAUGUCGAGAGGAGCCUGUGUUGGAUGUGCAUCAACGAUGGAAAGCGUGCACUCAAAGAUGCAGAGGAGUGUAUUAAGCUGGAACCAGAAUUUUGGAUGGGACAUUACCGGAGUGGAGAAGCUCACAGAAUGCUGCAGGACUAUGAUAAGGCAAAGGAAGCUUUUAAGACUGCUAUGAAGUUUUGCCCUGAGAAUAAGAAGCUUGAGGAUACUUACAGGGAGGUUAUAUUGGAAGAAGCAAUGCCGAUUCAUGACCGUGGCCAGCCCGUUGAUGAUUAUGAUCUUAGAUUGUUCUAG